ACUGCCGAGGGCCGGGCGGUCGGGCGGUGGCGCGCGGAGGACGCACGGGCUGCGGGACGCAGGGACGGCGGCGGCCGGAGCGCGCGAGGCGGGCGUUGAAAGACAGACGUGGAGACAGAGGGAGAGAGAAGUGGAGCGAGACCAAGACGGACGUGGAGGGACGUGGAGAGACGCGGAGAGACGCGGAGAGACGUGGAGAGACGUGGACAGACUAAGCAAGAGGCGAGCAGGGUGUGAGACAGGACAAGCUUGGCCGCCCCUGGAGCCCCAGCCCCGCCUUCAUGCCCGGCAGGUGCCCUGCCUGGCCAGUCCUCCCAGGUCUGCCUCAGCCCUCGCUGCAGGUGAUCUGAGUCAUAGGCCCCAAGGGACUCUUGAGGAACAUCUGCAGAAGAGAGGAUGGCCCAAGUCCUACACGUUCCGGCCCCCUUCCCAGGAACCCCCGGCCCAGCCUCCCCGCCUGCCUUCCCUGCCAAGGAUCCUGACCCACCAUACUCCGUGGAGACUCCCUACGGCUACCGCCUGGACCUGGACUUCCUCAAGUACGUGGACGACAUCGAGAAAGGCCACACGCUCCGGCGUGUGGCUGUGCAGCGCCGGCCCCGCCUCGGCUCGCUGCCCCGGGGUCCCGGCUCCUGGUGGACAUCCACCGAGUCUCUGUGCUCUAAUGCUAGCGGGGACAGCCGCCACUCGGCCUAUUCCUACUGUGGCCGAGGCUUCUACCCGCAGUAUGGCGCCCUGGAGACCCGAGCCGGCUUCAACCCGCGUGUGGAGCGCACGCUGCUGGAUGCCCGUCGCCGCCUGGAGGACCAGGCAGCUGCGCCCGCCGGCCUGGGCUCCCUGACCCCCAGCGCAGCAGGCUCCACGAGCUCCUUGGUGGGUGUGGGGCUGCCACCGACGACCCCACGGGGCUCGGGACUGUCCACACCUGUGCCUCCUAGCGCCGGGCACCUGGCCCACGUGCGGGAGCAGAUGGCAGGUGCCCUGCGGAAGCUGCGGCAGCUGGAGGAGCAGGUGAAGCUGAUCCCCGUGCUCCAGGUGAAGCUCUCUGUGCUGCAGGAAGAGAAGCGGCAGCUCACAGUACAGCUCAAGAGCCAGAAGUUCCUGGGCCAUCCCACGGGGGCCCGAGCCCGCAGCGAGCUCUGCCUGGACCUCCCAGAGCCCUCCGAGGACCCGGUGACGCUCGAGACCCGGAGCGUGGGCACCUGGGUCCGGGAACGGGACUUGGGGGUGCCUGACGGGGAGGCAGCCCUUGCCACCAAGGUCGCCGUGCUGGAGACCCAGCUCAAGAAAGCACUCCAAGAGCUGCAGGCAGCUCAGGCUCGGCAGGCUGACCGCCAGCCCCAGGCCCGGCCACCACCAGACAGCCCCAUCCGCGUGGACACUGUCCGGGUGAUACAGGGCCCUCGGGAGGUGGAGGUGGUGGCCAGUACGGCUGCUGGGGCCCCUGCACAGCGCGCUCAGAGUCUGGAGCCCUAUGGGACAGGGCUGCGGUCCCUGGUGACAUCUGGAGGGGUCGAAAGCCCUGCUGUGUUCCGGAGCCAUGAGGUGGUAGAGACAGUGUUCCCAGCAUCCACUGCGCCCACUGGCAACAUCCACCUGGUGAAGAAGAUCAGCAUCACGGAACGAAGCUGUGAUAGGAUGGCAGGGCUCCCGCAGGAUCCAGCAGAGGCCUCCUCAUCACCCCCAGGGGUGGCAGCGAACCCCCCAGCGCAGCCUGAGAAGAGCACGGGCGGAGUGGGCGCCCGCGAGCCUGCUGACACAGAGUCCACCAGGCACGCGGCCCCGCGCGGUUCAGAGGCAGUGGGGGGCGCAGGCGAGCCCCCGGCAGGUGUGCGGUCCAUCAUGAAGCGCAAAGAAGAGCCCGCAGACGCCGCGGCCCACCAGAGGAGCCUGCAGUUUGUGGGGGUCAAUGGGGGAUACGAGUCCUCAUCUGAGGACUCCAGCACAGCAGAGAACUUCUCAGACAACGAGAGCACAGAGAACGAGGCCCCAGAGCCAGCGGAGAGGGUCCCAAGUGUGGCCGAAGCCCCGCAGCUCAGGCCCUCGGGGACGGCAGUGGCCAAGAGCAGCCAGGAGGAGCGCCAGCCGUCUGGGGAGAGUCAGCAGUUGCCCGUGGUGGAGGGAGCGGCGGGAGCGAGUGCGGAGGAAGAGAUCCGGAUGGAGCUCAGCCCCGACCUCAUCUCCGCCUGCCUGGCCCUGGAAAAGUACCUGGAGAACCCCAAUGCCCUGACUGAGCGGGAGCUGAAAGUGGCCUACACCACGGUGCUGCAGGAGUGGCUGCGCCUGGCCUGCCGCAGCGAUGCCCACCCCGAGCUCGUGCGGCGCCACCUGGUCACCUUCCGGGCCAUGUCGGCGCGCCUGCUGGACUACGUGGUCAACAUUGCCGACAGCAACGGCAACACGGCGCUGCACUACUCCGUGUCCCACGCCAACUUCCCUGUGGUGCGGCAGCUGCUGGACAGCGGUGUGUGCCAGGUGGACAAGCAAAACCGUGCUGGCUACAGCCCCAUCAUGCUCACUGCCCUGGCCACCCUGAAGACCCAGGAUGACCUUGAGACGGUCCUGCAGCUCUUCCGGCUCGGAAACGUCAAUGCCAAAGCCAGCCAGGCGGGGCAGACGGCCCUGAUGCUGGCGGUCAGCCACGGGCGGGUGGACGUGGUCAGGGCUCUGCUGGCCUGUGAGGCGGACGUCAACGUGCAGGACGACGACGGCUCCACAGCCCUCAUGUGCGCCUGUGAGCACGGCCACAAGGAGAUCACGGGGCUCCUGCUGGCUACACCCAACUGUGACAUCGCACUCACUGACCGAGACGGGAGCACGGCUUUGAUGGUGGCCUUGGACGCCGGGCAGAGUGAAAUCGCGUCUAUGCUCUACUCCCGCAUGAACAUCAAGUGCUCAAUUGCCCCGAUGUCUGAUGACGAAAGUCCUGCGUCAUCCUCAGCCGAAGAGUAACCAGGAGGGAGGCCAGAGGCAGCCG